GUGCCCGUUGAAAUCCUCGUCAAGCACCUCCUCGCCGCCAAACAGUCCCUCUCCUCCAUGACCCUUGUCCUGCGCGCCAACGACCUGGCGACCUCGGCACGCCAGAUGCACCAAGAAUUCGUCAUCCUCUCGGCGCAGACCGCCUUCUUGCGCCACGGCAUUCUCCAAGAGCUUCACAUUCUUCACCAACUCCGCCGGGGCAUGGCACGCGCCUAUGAUAACGGCACCCGCGAUUUCAAGCACAUCAUCCGCACCCUCGACACCGCCGACGGCCGACUCGAAAAGAUUAUGCAGGUUCUGCGCAAGACCACAGUCGAGAACGUUUUCCGCCAGCCGGGCGAAGAGCCCAAGUGUCUGUUGGACUUUGUCGACCCCAAGAUUGUCGAGCAGGUACGCGACGCGCUGAAGGAGAGCAUCCACGAGCUUUCAGCAGCCAAGACCUCGUUCGACGGCGAUCUCCUCCGCUUUGACACCGACCUGCGUACCCUCACCGAUGCCAUGGCCGCUGCCGCCUCCCUCGCCAACCCAACCACUACAGCACCCGACGGGUGUCCCCCCGACCAGCGAUCCAUACCCAACCUGCUCUCCGCCUUGUCCGAGGGUUCCCACCUCAUGGCCGAACAUCUCUCCUCUUUGACUCGGCACUUCGACAUGUGCGUAACCGCCGUGCGCACCACCGAAGGCGGGGCUGCUUUGGCCCGCCGGCGCGCAGCAGAAGCCACAUCGUCAGACGAGGACCAGGCUCCAGUGUCCAUAUCAGGCGUCAUCUCCGCCCAGGAAUCCGAGUCGGGCCCAUCGGCCUUUGAACCCAUGGACCCUCUCGAGCGCCAGGAACUACUACACGUCGUGAUGCGCGAUGCCGCCGAGGUCGAUGACGUGGUUGCCGAUAUUCACAACGUACUGCAACAAAUGGAGAUGGAUCAUGCAUCUCUCCAUUCGCUCUUCUCAGCCAGCCGAGCCUCCCACGCCGCUACGCUCACAUGCUUCUCCCUGCUCGUGGAGGUCGGUGCCCGGGCGUCCUCGUAUGUUGCCGCCGAGGCCGAAUUUGUGCAAAGAUGGGAGGACGAGAAGGAGACGAUCGACGAGAACGUGUCAAAGAUGGACGAGCUCAAAAAGUUCUACGAAGGGUUCCUGAAUGCUUAUGGCGGCUUACUGCUCGAAGUGGAACGACGAAGAGCGGUGGAGGGCAAGAUUGACAGCAUAUGGAGGAAAGCGAGGGAGCAGGUGGACAAGCUGGUGGAGGCGGACAAGAGAGAGAGAGAGCAUUUCCGGUUGGAAGUGGGCGAUUAUGUGCCAGCGGAUUUGUGGGGGGUGGUGGAUAGGCCCUUGGGGAGAUGGGCCGUUGUUCCGUUGGAGGACACCAGAGAGGGAUCGUAUGAGUUGGAAGCACAUGGAGAACCUGAGAAUGAGGGCAAAGUUGAGUCUGCGUAUGAGAGGGAAACAGAGCCGAGCACGCCGACACCAAGAAAGAUGCCGUUGAAUGGACCCGGGUCGGCCGGGGAACGACCGUUUUGAUGAUGAUAUGAAGGUCUUGGGUUCACCGAUGAUUUGAUUUAGGCUUGUUGGUGUUUGGGUCAGCGUAUGUUUGGUGUUCUUUACUCAUUGGGCAUGGCAUGGAAACAGAAAUGGUGUGGCUGGAUGUCACGACCGGCAACAUGGGAGCUUGGAAGGCAAUCAUUCUUGGAUAAGGUAGGUAGGUAGUCAUCAACUUAGUCUGUAAUGUA